CCCAAACAGAGCAGAUAACACAGACCUCACAAACCACCGGCGUCUUGAUAAACGCCAUUUCUCUCUCCCUGGAAUUUUCUUCUCUCUCUCUCCGCCAUUGUUAAGCUUUUGCGAUCUUCUCUCUCCGUAUUCCUUUCGUGAUUCCUUCGAGCCAAAAUGAGAGAGUGCAUCUCGAUCCACAUCGGUCAGGCCGGUAUUCAGGUCGGAAAUGCUUGCUGGGAGCUUUACUGCCUUGAGCAUGGCAUUCAGCCUGAUGGUCAGAUGCCAAGUGAUAAGACUGUUGGAGGUGGUGAUGAUGCUUUCAACACCUUCUUCAGCGAGACUGGUGCUGGGAAACAUGUUCCCCGUGCCAUCUUUGUAGAUUUGGAACCCACUGUCAUUGAUGAAGUUAGGACUGGAACUUACCGUCAGCUCUUCCACCCUGAGCAGCUCAUCAGCGGCAAGGAAGAUGCUGCUAACAACUUUGCUCGUGGCCACUAUACCAUUGGGAAAGAGAUUGUUGAUCUGUGCCUGGACCGCAUCCGUAAGCUUGCUGACAACUGCACUGGUCUCCAAGGAUUCCUGGUUUUCAAUGCUGUGGGGGGAGGCACUGGUUCAGGUUUAGCAUCUCUCUUGCUUGAGCGUCUGUCUGUGGACUACGGCAAGAAGUCCAAGCUUGGAUUCACUGUCUACCCAUCUCCUCAGGUCUCAACGUCUGUGGUUGAGCCAUACAACAGUGUCCUCUCCACUCACUCCCUUUUGGAGCACACUGAUGUGUCCGUGCUUCUCGACAAUGAGGCCAUCUAUGAUAUUUGCAGGCGCUCCCUAGACAUUGAGCGCCCCACCUACACCAACCUUAACCGAUUGGUUUCGCAGGUGAUAUCAUCUUUGACGGCUUCUCUGAGGUUCGAUGGUGCCUUGAAUGUUGACGUUACUGAAUUCCAGACCAACUUGGUCCCAUAUCCCAGGAUCCACUUUAUGCUUUCAUCUUAUGCUCCAGUUAUCUCAGCCGAGAAGGCCUACCAUGAGCAGCUCUCUGUUGCGGAGAUCACCAACAGUGCAUUUGAGCCAUCAUCCAUGAUGGCCAAGUGUGAUCCCCGCCACGGGAAAUACAUGGCUUGUUGUCUGAUGUACCGAGGAGAUGUGGUGCCCAAGGAUGUGAAUGCCGCUGUGGCCACAAUCAAGACCAAGCGCACCAUCCAAUUCGUCGACUGGUGUCCCACUGGAUUCAAAUGCGGUAUCAACUACCAGCCUCCAACUGUGGUUCCUGGUGGUGAUCUUGCCAAGGUACAGAGAGCAGUGUGCAUGAUCUCAAACUCGACCAGUGUUGCCGAAGUCUUCUCGCGCAUUGACCACAAGUUCGACCUCAUGUACGCCAAAAGGGCAUUCGUUCACUGGUAUGUGGGUGAGGGCAUGGAGGAAGGUGAAUUCUCCGAGGCGCGUGAAGACCUUGCUGCUCUGGAGAAGGAUUAUGAGGAGGUGGGUGCAGAGGGUGAUGGUGCUGAAGAUGAUGAUGGGGAAGAUGAGUACUGAGUGGAGAUCAUGUUAUCCGGUAGUUCAGCUUAAAUAUCUAUGUUGUUUGAUUCCUUUUGCCUUCUGUACUGUGCUGCUGCCUUACUUAGUGUGAAGCGGCAUUGAUGUCUGUUUUCUCUCCUAUGUUAGUUUUCUCAACGAUAUGAAAGUGGCUUCGCUUUUGUGUUUUCUGUCU